AGAUAUGACAAUCAUUACUAUUAUUGGCAUGGAUAUUAUCGUAAUCAUCCCGAAAGGACAACGAUUUGUGAGUAUACAAUUAGUGAUGAAGAUGGAGAACUUUUCAAUGUCACUUUUGCAAAUAGCACGAAACCGAAAUCAAUAACUUUUGGAUGUGGAAGUUCUGAAAGAUGUUGCGGAAUGGACUGUUGCAGUAAUUAUAGCGAUUGGCUAACAAUAAUAGUUUGGGUUAUUGUCGCGCUCGUAUAUAUAUGUCUUGGGUGCUGCAGAGAUUGAACAUUCUUAUAGCAUUCAUAUUAAACGUUCUUUGAUUCCAGAUUUUUUUGAGUAUCUUGGUUUUACGUGAACCAUUUUAUUAUAUUGUACUUUUUUCUUCAUAUUCCAAUUCCAAGAUUGGCUGUUUAACGAUGUGAAUGUGAAAAGUGAGAAAAAAAUUAUUAUUUCAAAGUAAGUUUGACAUUUGCAACAAUUAUUCAAAAAAGGGAGUAAACUCAUUGAAUUCAAGUCACCAAAAGGACCCGUCUUUCGCAUUGGUCUGGUUAUCUCCAGACAAUUUGUGGCCGAAGGCACGUGUGCGCGCGGCAGCUUCUUUCAUAAUACGCUCGCUGCCUGCGUCUCUGUGUUUCAGUAUACAUCUCAUUUUAACAUUCGUCACUCUUCAACAGAAGCGGAGUAGUGAAUGUGCUCACUUAUCAGAAAUUCAAGCUUUCUACUUUUAUUCUAAGAAAAACCCUUCAAAUGAUUCCAUUUUCGUCAGAAGUUUCAUAGAAUUGUACUUUUCUACGGCUAAAUAGCUGCAUUUGUGAACAAUGAGAAUAUCACCGAGUUAUAUUCUCAUAUUCUUACUAGUUUUCUUCCAAUUCGAUGACACUCUUGCAAGAGGAGGAAGAGGAGGUGGUGGUAGAGGAGGAGGUGGAAGAGGAGGUAGAGGUCGAAGUGGAGCAAGAUCAGGUGUGGGAGGAUCAAGAUCAAGACCACAAAUGAGAAGUGGAAUCAGAGGAAGUAGCUCGUUUUCUGGAGGGAUUCGUUCCGGUGCACAUGGCUAUAAAGUACAAACAAAAACGUCUACAUUUUCUAAUUACGGGUCCUCAUCAUUUCGAUCUGCACAUUUGUAUCAUUCUCCACAUCUCCAGAAACGGCCGGGUCAUCCGUUUGUCAUUAUCGCUGCUACCACACCAUUAUUUUACGACAAUCGAAAUUACUACUGGAGCUAUGGUUUGGCAAAGUCUACACAAAACUCGUCAUAUCCAGGAGUUAUCUGCGAGUAUGUAUUUGGAGAGGAUGAUGGAGAAUUGCAAAAUAUAACUUUCGCAAAUGCAACUCAAGUAAAGUCAAUAUUCUUCAGUUGCUCAGGAAGAGUUGAUUGUUGUGGAAUGUACUGCUGUCACGAUUUCAAUCAAUGGUUUGAGCUAGCAUUUGUCUUUGGAUUCAUUGCUGUGAUGUGUUUCAUUGCCUAUUACGCCAAGAAAAAUGAAAGUGAACGCCCAGAAGUGCCAAAAGAUUUGGAGCCUCUACGACCCAAAACAAAAACAAAAACGAAAGUUUCUGGAAAACCUUCUUAAAAUCUAAAUUUAUUCUACGACGCUCGGGAAUAUAAAACCGGUUAAAUGUCAUUUAAUUUGAACCUCAACACUAAGAAUGAUUUCAAAAUUAUGUUUCAAACUUUGUUUGAAUUGUUCUAUUUCAAAUAUUUUGAAGCCAAUAAACUUUUAAUUUCAAAA